UAAUAGUAUUGGGGUGGGUGCUAUCUCCCUCGCUGUCUCUGAGCCCCUUCUCAAAGCAGGAACCAGACAAAAGCGCCUGCGGCUUCCCGCAGCCGGUGCCGGCACUGGGAGGGACUGGGGAAGCAGAUGGAUAGAGCUGGUUCUCUCCCGUUCACUGCUGGGUACAUCGCGGAGGUUCGAGGUUGUGGCGAGUUCCGACAGAGAAACAUUGUAUCCGAUUGAUUGUCUGUUUAGUAACAUUGUUACAAAGAACAAGGUUUCGUUUUGGAGGGUGGGAAGGCUUGGAGUCACCUGCCGGCAAACAUGUACACACAUGCAAAUGGGAUGGCGAUGAAUGGAGCAGUCUCGUUUGAAGCUGAGAUAACAAGCUGGGAAAGAGGAUGUUCACCUCGUAACCGAAUGGAGGCAUCGUGCCUUGAGCUUGCCCUCGAAGGGGAACGACUGUGCAAAGCUGGCGAUUUCAAGGCUGGAGUGGCAUUCUUUGAAGCAGCCGUGCAGGUUGGGACAGAGGACCUAAAGACUUUGAGCGCCAUCUACAGUCAACUGGGCAAUGCCUACUUUUACCUGAAGGAGUAUUCCAAAGCUCUGGAAUACCACAAGCAUGACCUAACACUAGCCAGGACCAUUGGGGAUCGGAUUGGUGAAGCAAAAGCCAGUGGCAACCUUGGAAAUACACUGAAGGUACUUGGAAGCUUUGAUGAAGCAAUUGCUUGCUGCCAAAGGCACCUGGAUAUCUCAAGAGAACAGAAGGAUAAGGUUGGUGAAGCGCGAGCACAGUACAACAUUGGGAAUGUUUUCCACGCCAAAGGGAAACAGUUGUCCUGGCUCAGGGCCCAUGACUCUGGGGACUUGCCUGCUGAAGUAAAGGAAACUUUAGAGAAGGCCACCGAAUACUACGAGAUGAACCUUAAAAUUGUUCAAGAGUUAGGAGAUCGGGCAGCUCAAGGCCGAGCCUAUGGUAACCUUGGUAAUACACAUUACCUUUUAGGGAACUAUAACGAUGCAAUAGCAUUUCACAAAGAGCGUCUUUCAAUAGCAAAAGAAUUUGGGGAUAAAGCAGCUGAGAGAAGAGCUUACAGUAACCUUGGGAACGCGCACAUAUUUUUGGGAAAAUUUGCCGUGGCUGCUGAAUAUUACAAGAAAACACUUCAGAUAUCCAGACAGCUCAAGGACCAAGCAGUUGAAGCUCAGACCUGUUACAGCCUUGGUAACACUUACACACUGCUGCAGGACUAUGAGAAAGCUAUCGACUACCACCUUAAACAUCUCUCGAUUGCCCAAGAACUUAAUGACAGGGUUGGUGAAGGGAGAGCCUGCUGGAGCCUGGGAAAUGCGUACAUGUCCCUCGGAAACCAUGAACAAGGGCUGCACUUUGCUUCACGACAUCUAGAAAUCUCCAGAGAGAUCGGUGAUCGAAAUGGUGAAUUAACAGCCCAAUUGACAGUGGCACAGCUGCAGUCAGUGCUCGGUAUGACCUCAACUCAGCAAGACAAGCAGUCUGCUCUCUACCAUACUGACUAUGAAGCACAAGGUGCACGCCCAAGAAUAGUGUCACGAUACAGCACGGAGAACAUGAAUGUGGCCAAGUUUUCUCCUGAGAAGGACCAAAAUGGCGACGUAGUCAGUGAGGAUCAUUCCACUGACCUUAAGCAUGCAGCAAAAAUGCCCUGGGCCAGACACUUAAGAAACAAAAGGUAUCAGGAGAGCCAAGCAAGCUCUGAAGACAAGCAAGACAGCAAUGCGACGUCACCGUUAGACACCAGUGAUGUUCGAGUUCAAGUGGCUCCAAUGAAGGUCAACAGAGAUACUUCAGAUGAAGAAUGCUUCUUUGAUCUACUGAGCCGUUUCCAAAGUAAUCGUAUGGACGAUCAGCGUUGUACAUUUGAAGAGCGUCAAAAUGGCACGGCAGGGAGUACAUCGCCCGCUGUGUCUCCUCUGCAGGACAGAAUAUCUCAGGCAUCAUUCAUUGCAUCCCCACAAACAGAGGAGUUUUUCGACUUGAUAGCAAGUUCUCAGAGCCGCAGAUUAGAUGAUCAGCGAGCCAGCGUGGGCAACUUGCCUGGACUGAGGAUCACGCACAACAAUAGCCAGGUGGUGAUGGGACAUCUGCGACCUGAUGGAGAUCCUCAGGAACCCGGAGAUGAGUUUUUCAACAUGUUAAUGAAAUGUCAGUCAUCCAGGAUCGACGAUCAGAGAUGUGCACCUCCCAGCCCGGGACCAAGGGGACCCACUGUCCCCGAUGAGGACUUCUUCAGCCUAAUCCAGCGAGUGCAAGCCAAGCGCAUGGAUGAGCAGCGCGUCGACCUUCCUUUGACCCGUGAAGGUCUAGAACAGACCAGGCCGAGCUCCAGCUGAGCAGUGCUUCGCCAACAGACUUGUAAACAAGCAGGACAAAUUGUGCAGAUCCGUGCACCAGCUAACACUGUGAGCAGCAACCGAGGCCAAAAGCUGCCUAAAUGACCCCUCGAGAGGCCAGCGUACAAGCACCAUGCAGCUUCAAGUGAGUUGCUGAGGAGGUGAUUCGCUUCUCUUUGAGGUGAAACUCCUCACACUCAAUACACCUAAAUAGGAGCUUUAGUGUUUCCUUUCGAAUUGGGACAAAAAUCAUAUCUAUGGGAGAUGGAAAGACACAAGCACAGUCUUUGGUUAUUGUUUGAAGUAAUGGCAUUGAAUGAAUGUAAAACUGCUGGUACUAGAAAAAAAUAUACAUUUGAAGUCACACACUGAUGCCCCAUGAACACAAGUCAUUCUUACUUGUAACACAUAUAGACAAAUCUAACUUCACAGACAUAUUUACAUAAACACUAUAGACCGUUAGAGAUUAAUUUUCUUUGAUGAUCCACAGUGCAAUCUUAGGUGACUAUAUUGUUUACUAUCAUAUGAAUGAGUCUGCUAUUAGUUUCUUUGAUGGAGAGGUGUACUUUUUAAAAUUCUGAAAAAUGUUGAGAUCAAACCUUGUGGAAAUGUUUGGGAAUGAAUACAACCCUUUCCAUUUCCUGAAUUGGCAUGGUGGCACAAUUCCCACUCUUCAGAAAAGGCCAAAAGGCAGAUUCUGUACAUAGUUAUACAGGUUGAUGUAUGGAGCCAUAUCUCACCUGGAUCAAUCUUAAAGGAUAUGGACAGUACCACAGACUUAACUGGCGAAAUCUGAAUGUAUGGCCAAUUUCAUUCAGAAACAGGAGCUGCCUGUUUAUUAAUGGUACUGCAGAAUGCUAUAUGAUUAUAGCAGAGAGUUACAUCCUAAAGCAAAGGGAUAUUAAGUUAAUUGAAGAUUUCUACACUUGAUCAAAUGGGGACUAAAUAUCAAUGGGAUACUAAUGGAGAUGAAACUUCAAUUUCUGCAGUAGGAUGCUGGCAUGCGACUGCUUAACAAUUUCAAAUGGAAUUCCUUCCUCUGUUGUAAAGGAGCUAUUUUACAGAUAACAGGCUGAUGGCACAGCUGAAAUACUGGACUAAAAAGCUUCAUGCAUACAAUGAUACUCUAAACAGAGCUGCAUUUCACAGUCAGUGUGUACAACUUGAGCAAAACUAAAACUUGAAAUGUAACAUUUCUCAUUUAUUGUUUAAUGAUUAUUUCUUUUAUCUUUCGACAAAAUUUUUUUUAAGAAUGAAUGUAAUUAAGAACCACAAGGGAAUUACUCUGAUGCACUCCUCAAUUCUUGCUUGCUCUUUAAACACAGUGACUCCCCGCAAUUGUCCAAUAACAGACCCCAAGUCGGGAGAGAUGAUGAAAUCUGUGACCUGUGCAAUUACAUAUGCUAAUAUUUUCAAUCAAUUUUCCAACUUUACUCCCAAACCUAAAUUUUCCCUUUGUUCCAAAGACUGUGUCCUCUUGCUUUAUUUCCUUAGAACACCACCAAUUCCCUAAGUCAUCAACACAUUAAAAGCAAACGAUGAUCCCCUUGACCCUGCUUCAUCAUCUCAUAUGGUCAUGACUGAUGAGAUUGUGGCUUCCCGCUGAUAACAUUCAAAUCCCUUGUCAGUUUGUGUUAGUCAUAAGUAGUUAAAAUGCAGUGUCCCCACACAGUUUAAUAUAUAAUUCUUUAUGGUUUCAGUGAAAUGCUAAAGUUUCCAAGUCAUAUUUAUAAUCCAGGUGCUUUGAGUAAUUAACUUUUUAAAAGUAACUUUAUAAAUUUAACACAGCAAAACAACACGGCUACAUCCUGGGGAGUUCUGAACACAGGUGCCCUUGCACUAUUCUUAACAAAAAGCAAGGGAGUUCUAACUGACAUAUAAUCCCUCAGCCAACAUUAGUUAGAACAGAUUAGGAACAAAGGAAUCCAUCCAUUUCUCCCUUGAUGUCUGUUCUGCCACUCAUAGUCAGUCUGCAACCUUAUUCCAUGCAGCUACCUUUUGUCCCACAUCCAGUAAUGGCUUUGGUUAAAAGUCUAUCAGUCUCUAUAUUAACAAUCAAUCUGGCAUCUGGUCACAAAAGGUGCUAUGUAAACAUGAGUUCUUACCCUCCAACCUGUUAUUGUUUCAAUGACUUCUGCAGAGUUUGUGUGUAGUUAGGAGGAAGGCGUGUGUGUUUGGGUCUAGUAUGCUAGCACAACCUGUGUCUGUACUAAUCAUUCUUUUUGAAAAUUGUGAGAGAGAAGGAGAGACAUAAAUAAUUUCUGGUACAAAAUUUCCUUUUGCAGCUUUUGUAAUGUCUGUGUUUUCUAUGCAUAUAAAUGAAGUGGUGCCCAAUUCGUUGUUGUAAUAAGAGUAGGUCGAAAAAGUACAAAAUAAAGGUUAAUUAUUUUCUCUAGCUUAAAAAAAUCCAGAAAGUUAUUUUAUUGUGUAAAUUUUUUAGAAAUACUCAUGUAGACUUUGAGCUGCAGUUCCAAGGUGUAUUUUAUGCUGUCCCUUGUAAUAAUUCAAACAUUGAAUCCUUGUCUGGUACAUUAUUUUUUCAAACACUGCCAGUACAUAAUGCUUUUUGAUUUUAAAGAGUUUAAAAAAUUCAUACUUUUCUGUAAAUAAGAGCCUCAUUUUACCUGAAAUGUAAGUCGAAUGAAC